CAAAAAUAAAGCCACUGGCUGCCACUCCACCUUCUCUGUAGUUAAUCAGCAGGAAGACUAAUUGCGACUGAUUAUGAAUCUGUUUUGGCUCAUCGGUUUGGUUCUUCGUCCUUGUGGUCUGCUGGUCCACACUGGUGAUCCUCAGCCUAAAAGGUCAUGCUGCACAUCCUGCUGGUCGGUUGUUCAGCGGAUCGUGCUUUUCCUCCUUCUGCUCGGUACCGCGUUGAACGUGGCUUACUGGAUCACUAUGGGCGUGUUCCUUCUUAAAGGCGAGGAUUUGAUGGAGUCCAUGAUCAUGUACGAUAUGCGGCCCAUUGCCAAGGGAUUCUUCGCGCUGUUAAACGUUGUCAUCGCACUGCGCUCCUUUCUCCUGCCGUUGUUGCAGGCCUUCAGCAUCGCUUCCGGGAAGUAUAGCAAACUAAUGGUAUACUUGGACGACUUGCUGCAGUCGUCGCUGACGGUUACCGGAAUAAAAAAAUUACGCGCCAAAAUUUCCUGGCUGUCGGUUAUAUAUAUUGGGAUUCUGGUAGCCUUGGCCGUUAUGUUCUUCAUGUAUAAGCUGCUAAGGUCAUGGGAAUCGGAUCAAAUUCAUGUUAAAAAUGAAGAGAAUGUUGCCGGUUUGAUGCUAUUUGUACCGCAAGUCAACAUCACGAUCCCGUUUUUUGUUUACGCGUGCAUACAGACGCAGUUCUUCUACUUUCCGUUUUUCUUGUCCAUUCUGUUAAGCAUUUUCGUGGCCAUGUUCGGGGUCAGUGUUAAUGAGUGUUUGGCGACAGAGAACCAGUUCUGCCGGCAAAUUUUUAAAGAACUGUUUCCGGGACCAACGGAUGCUAAAAGUGUGAAGAAAUUUGAAGAACGACCGGAAGUGGAGGUGUUGGAGGGCGAACUGCGCAAGCUGGUUGAAGAGCGAUCCAAAGCCUUCUUGGUUGUCGAUCAGUUCAAACUGAAUUUCCAUUUUCUGAUCAGUCUAAGUUAUUAUCUGGAUCUGACGAUAGCAUCUGGCUACUUAUUACUGCUGAUAGUGGAUCCCGCGGAUAAGCCGCUGCAAGAUAAAUACCUCCAACAGUGCCGAGGUUAUGGGCUCUUGCUGUUUUUCAUCUUGACAAUGCUGCCUUAUCUGCCGCUCCUCGUGGCGGGAUUUACGAGUUCUCGAUUCCAAGUGAUCCUGUAUAAAUUUACCGGAAGACUGUAUGCUUAUCGCGAUGGAUAUCAUGGGAAAAGAAUUUCUACCAUUAUAGAGGAUCUGACAGAAGAAAAUAAUUACAACCCGAUACAGCUGGUCGAGGGCAGUUUUGUGUUUCAGUCGACCACAGUUCUUUUUACAACACUGCUGAUUGCGGCGGACCCGAUGAGCGGGUUAACAGGCCUUCCGCCGACGGCGGCGGCCGGCUGCGGCUCACUUGGAUCAGCACACAUUUCAAUCAAAGCUGACUCCCAGAAUAUGUCGGUUUCGAUGGUCCGACCGUUGACCAUUUCGGUGUGAUCCGCUUGGUAGACUUUGCAAACCGGUAUGACAUGUGCGGCCUUGAAGCAUUGGUGCAAUUGAUAGAAUUUCGCUUUCAUGAGCACAUUUACUGUUUGUUUUUUUUAAUGUUCUUAUUCAGCUGUCUUUUAUUGCAGAACGUUUAUCUUCUUGUGGCAAUGUUUUGCUACAAGACUAAUUCAAUACAUCUAUUAUGCUGUGAUUUGUUAUUUACUUUUUAAACUCUAGUAUAAGAUUUUUUUAGCAUGUAAUACCGUAAAUUCUGCCUGAAUAUUUUGUUUUAAACUGAUGUGGAGGGCACUGUACAUUAAUCAGAAGCUUGUGCCAUUUUAGAGCAAACACAACUACUUCA